GAAUAACCCGAAAGAUCAAGACUUAGGAACAGCGUCAUCAAUCCUCGAUACUCCGUCCAAUAUGGGUUUCGAGAAUCAAGCAAUAGGCGUUCAAAAUGCCUCAGCUGACACUUCGCCUAUCAAAAAAAUAGCUUACACACCUAUGAAAUUCCGAAGAUUUUCUUAUACUCCACCUACUACGCCUCCUUCUCCGACACCAAAGACUGGCGCGAACCAAUUGUCGCUCAAAUCUGGCAAUUUGGGUCCAGCAUCCAAGCCCCAACCUCCGAGAAAGGAAGCUCGACGUCACCACCGAAAACAGCCUAAACAGCAUCGAAACGCGACUCUCACUAACUUCAAGCAAGGUAUCGUCCGUAUUAAAAGAUCAUUCCAUGAUGACUAUAAAAUCCUCAAAGUUAUUGGUCAAGGCGGUUUUGGAACCGUGAGCUCUAUUGAGGAGAUAGCAACCAACAAAUUAUUUGCUAUCAAGACGGAAAAGAAACCUAAUAGAAAGAUAACGUUGCGAAACGAGUGGGAUUUGCACAAGAAGUUGAAUCACCCAUCGAUUCUUCGUAUUUAUGACUUCUAUGUAUGUAAAGAUGAAGCAAGCAAAAUGGUUAUGGAUUUGGGAGAGAAGACCAUGUUCAACAUGCUCAAGGAAAAAGGGUACAUUGAAGAGGCUCAAAUGAAGGUUUACUUUAAGGAUAUUCUAUUGGGGCUUGAAUACUUGAAAUCUAAGGAAAUCGUGCAUCGCGAUAUAAAGCCAGACAAUGUGAUCCUUGGGCACGGCUCGGGUGGUCGUGCGAUGAUAGCAGACUUCGGCAUGGCAGAGCACUUGAUAGAUGGCGAAAGAAGCAAGACGAUCUUCAAAGGAACACUUCAUUAUUUGGCACCGGAAUGCUUCAGGAAAGAAUCUCGAGAUACUGGUGUAGGUUUCGAAUUAGACAUUUGGGCAGCAGGGGUCUCCCUCUUUGUAUGCCUACUGGGCUAUUAUCCUUUUAAUUCCUUUGAGCCAAAGGACGAUAAGGAGAAACAGGUCAAAAAUACGGCUUUGAUGAUCCUAAAAGACAAGCCGUCCAUCGAUGCGAAGAUUAUACAGGGUCCGAUGCCCAGUAAAAAAGCAGCAGAUCUAUUCUUUAGAAUGUUGGAAAAAGAUUGGGUAAAAAGAUUUACAGUCGAAGACUGCCUUAAACACGCGUGGUUCUCCGAGUAAAUUCACUCGCAUUUUAUAUAACAAAGUUUGGAGGGCACAUUUUUAGGGUAAAGGCUUUGAAAGAUAUCAUUUGGAAACAAUAAAGAAGCUUUAUCA